AUGCAGCUGAAGAGAGAAGGUCUUCUUGUGUUAAAAGGGUUGGAUUCUAAGCUCUCCAAGAAUCUUCCUCCUGAUCUGCAGAAGCUUCGAUGUAAGCACCGUGCAAAGAGAAAGUGGAUUGAAGGGCCUUACAUUGCACUCCAUCUCUGGCUAGAGAAGGAUGUGUGGGAGCUCCAAGAGGUGCAUGGAUAUACAGCGCAGGAGGUGAGGCAUUUGGGGAGUGACAAAGGAGAUGCUGGGCGAGACGAAGAACUUCAGCUCUGGCUGGCUGCCAUUGACUACAUUGUCUCUCUGAGCAGUGAUGUUUUUGUACCUUCAAAUGGUGGAAACAUGGGCCGAGCAAUGUAG